AUGCCACGGAGUUUCGCCGUCGUCGCCGUUGCACCGUUAUGUAGGAAAGGCACGAGUGAGUUUUUUCCAACGUUGAACUGCAGUGCAGUGCAGGCUUUGGGACAGGGGCCAUCAACCCGGGACCAGAACUGCCCUUGCCCAUACGGGCCGGUCACGAAGGUGUGUUUGGAAUGUCGACGUGUCCGAUGCUCCAUUGGAGGGUCUGCGCUGACGAAAUGGGCCGCCGCCGAGCAAUGGGCAACCGAGGCAGGCAAAAAGUGGGCUGAAAACUGCGAGUCGCUGACACGGUCAAAUCCGCAUUCGAGCACGGAGAUGAUAUGUUCAACCACAGUGACCCCGUGUGCAGCUAUCUGUGCAUCAAGAUCGAAAGAUGCUAAUUGCCCAUCGCGAUGUGCGGAGAACGUGGGGCGAGCAGCGCAUGCCUGUGCAACAUUUCCAUGGCCUGCCCGUUCAAAGCCAGUAGGUGUGGCGACUGAGGAGAAUCUUCCCGAUGUUUUCACUUGA